AUGGCGCGUACCGCUCAACGUUUGGCUAUUAUUGCCGCAAUUACGGCAAGUAUCAUGGCGUACCUGUGGCGUGCACCGAACAGUGAAGGUAUUGAACAACUCGAUCGCAUUCGAGCAUUGACUGCAUCAAUGAAAGUCACUUAUCUUAUCGGCAGGGCAGCGGAAAUGCUUGGUAUUUCAGAUCGUAUUUCAAUUGUACGAAAAAUAGGAGGAAUUACGCGUCUAUUGAAGGAUGCACAGGAUGAUGCUGGUCUCGAAAUUCAAGACACUUUGAUUGAAAAUGUUCCGGUUCGAAUUGCCCGUCCGAAAAAUCAAAAUGGCAACUUACCAGCCAUUGUUUUUUACCAUGGCGGUGCUUUUUAUAUGGGAUCUGUAGACACACAUAAUUCACUCACAAGUGGUCUUGCAAGAUUAGCUAACGUUGUCGUAGUUUCUGUUGAUUAUCGUCUUGCUCCUGAACAUCCAUUUCCAGCUGGUCUUGAAGACUGUUACACCGUUACCAAACAUAUUCUUGAAAAUGGCAACUCGAACAAAUUUCGAAUAGAUACGAACCGUGUCGCCGUUGCUGGCGAUUCAGCCGGUGGAAAUUUCGCAGCUGUGAUUGCAAUGCGGUUUGCUAGUCAAACUACCAGUGAACGUAAACCACGUCUUCAGAUUCUUAUUUAUCCUGUUUUACAAUUGUUCGACAUCAUGCUUCCGUCAUAUAUGCAUAGCCAUUUUGAGUUCUUUCCAUACACAGUUGAUCAUACACUAUCAACUUAUUUUGGCACGAAAGUCGACCAGUCAAUCUAUGCCAACAACCACUUGAGUGUAGCACAGAAGAAACAAUAUCGCAAGUAUGUGGAUUGGUCGUUGAUACCAGAAAAAUACCGAACAGUGUAUCAGAAACCACUUACCGAUAAUCAAGAAGGCGACCCAACACUGAUUGAAAAUGCUAAAUUAGCUCUGAAUCCCGAAGUGUCUCCUUUACUUGUUGAUGAUGAAAGCUUAGCAAAAUUACCAUCUACUUAUUUGUUGACUGUUGGUCAUGAUCGUUUACGUGACGAAACAUUCAUAUACGAAGGUCGCCUGAAACGAAAUGGUGUGCCAGUUGUUCACAAUCAUUACGAGCAUAUCUUCCAUGGAUCAGCCGGUUUUAUAAAUGGGCCAUUUGCAUUAGACAUUGCUAAGAAAAUGGUUGAUGACAUGGUGAAAUAUAUUGGUGAAAAUUUAUAG